AUGGGGGUGGGGGGGCCGUGGGUGCUGCGGGUCGGGCUGGGGCUGGGAGCGCUGGCCUUGCUGCUGCAGGGGCUGCGGGGCUGGUUAGCCUGCAAGCGGUACGAGUUCCAGCCCGCCGAGAUCGCCGAGCUCGCCCGACACCACGCGGGGCUGGAUCAUGAGCUGGCUUUCUCCAAGAUCAUUGUGGAACUGCGGAAGAAGCACCCGGGCCACAUCCUGCCUGACGAGGACCUGCAGUGGGUGUUUGUGAAUGCGGGCGGCUGGAUGGGCUCCAUGUGUCUGCUGCAUGCCUCCCUCACUGAGUAUGUGCUGCUCUUCGGGACAGCCAUCGACACUGGGGGACACUCAGGUCGCUACUGGGCAGAAAUCUAUGACACCAUCAUCUCAGGCACUUUCCGGCAGUGGAAAGAGGGAACCACCAGAAGCGAGAUCUAUUAUCCCGGGGACACCAUCGUGCACCAGGCAGGAGAGGCCACGUCAGUGCAGUGGAGUGCAGGCACCUGGAUGGUGGAGUACGGCCGAGGCUUUGUCCCAUCCACACUUGCCUUCGCACUGGCAGACACCCUCUUCAGCACUCAGGACUUCAUCACCCUCUUCUAUACCCUGCGCGCCUACACCAAGGGCCUCCUCCUGGAAGCCAAUGCCUUCUUCAGCACUUUGGGCUGCUGAGCCUGGCUGGACAGUGUGCCCCAACAGCCUUCCUCCCCCUUUCUCCUCCUCCCUCUCUGGGCUGCAGAUCCCACAACCUGGGGAUGAGGAUGCUGGUGCAUCCAGCACCAAGCAGUCCCUGGGAGGUUCCCCACGUGCCAUCUGGGUUGGCAGGCAGCUGCGGCUGUGGUCAGCACAGAGCACAGUGUCCAGCUGGCAGCUCCCACCGUUGCUUCCAGGUGCUGGCAGCACACAGUGUCCCCAGGCACCGGGGGAGGAUGCCCAGGCAGUAUGGGGAUGAUCAGCCUCUGUGCUGAAGGUCUGUUCUGGCACCUAUCCCUGCUGUGUCACCUGCCCCUUGAGUGGAAGAGAUCCCUUCCUUGUGCCUCCCCCUUGUUUUCCCCCCAGGGGGGACAGCCACAAUCUGUCGCCUUAACCAAGCAUGGCCUCCAGGCUGUGCAUAUAUUGAGUGUCUGCGGGUGCCCAAAACUCUGAAUCAGCUCAGGAUGGGACUUUGCCCCUCAAAACACUUCCCCUGGCUGAGAGCCAGCAAGGUCCCCAGCCAAGUGGGGGUGUGCACUCUGCUCACGGCCUGAUGCCCGUGUGGGCUCAGCAAAGGGCUUCCAGCUCUGUUCUGUUCCCAAAAUACUCUGUGUCCCCAGGCCAAAAGCCUACAGUACAUCUCUCCUUAUCCCUCCAACUGGCAGCCCUGUGCAUGGGCUACAUUGUCUUUUGUCACCCCGGAAGAGAUGGCAGUAAUAAACAUCAUCAUCCCA